AAGGCUGCAAUUCAACAACAUUUGGAAAAGUCUGAAUACUUUCCGAAUGCACUGUAUGUUCCCGGCACUUUUCAUAUCCCCCUAUUAGUUUUCUUCAACUCGGUUGUCAAUAUUGCUUAGAUUUCUUAAAAGGGGGGGAAAUAGUUUUUUCAGCUGAUUUUAAUAUUGUCCUCUGAUAUGGUGCUGAUGGGUGUCUUUUACCAGUAUGUUCAUACUGUAAGAAGGUGUUUUACAUUGGGGAAAUUGUUUGCUUUGUUAUUAUUGCUUAAAAUGUUCUCAAACGUCUCUCACCAACACCAUUAUGCAAUGUGUUGCAUGUGGAGCCAGGUCCUGAUUGGUCCAUACAUUCAAACAUUAGAUAAAGUUUGAACUUUUUUUCAAAAUUUGCAUCAGCCAAUUAAAAUCAUUGACGUAGUUGCAUGUGAUUAAUACGCAACGUUAGCUGUUCCAUUACAUAACCUGGCACAUUUAGCACUAUGCUAAUUUGACCAGGUUAGCAGUGAUUAUGUCCGGUAACAAAUUCUGCAUCAGCCAAUUAAAGAUAUUGACAUGGUUGGAUGUGAUCGAACACUUUUCCAUGAGUGUCCUGAACAGAAGUCAAAUGGCACCAUCUGCUAAUCAAAGUUAGUAAAACACAAUUUAAACUGGAUGAAUAGUUAAGUGUAGUGAGUCUGGCUCAUGGUAUCUUUUUCAGUUUGCGGCAAGUUCGAAAUCCAGAAAUGGUGGAGUCCAUGAAGAACGUGGCGGGCAUGGACGUGGAGCUGACGGUGGAGGAGCGGAACCUGCUGUCGGUGGCUUACAAGAACGUGAUCGGAGCCAGAAGAGCGUCCUGGAGGAUAAUCAGCAGCCUUGAACAGAAGGAGGAGAACAAAGGAGGCGAAGACAAACUGAAGAUGAUCCGGGAAUACAGGCAAAUGGUGGAGACUGAGCUGAAAUCAAUCUGUAAUGACAUUCUGGAUGUACUGGACAAGCACCUCAUUCCAGCAGCAAACACUGGAGAAUCAAAGGUUUUCUACUACAAAAUGAAGGGAGACUACCACAGGUACCUGGCAGAGUUUGCCACGGGAAACGACCGAAAGGAGGCGGCAGAGAACAGCUUGGUUGCGUACAAAGCUGCAAGCGACAUCGCCAUGAUCGAACUCCCACCGACACACCCCAUCCGCCUGGGACUGGCGCUCAACUUCUCCGUAUUUUAUUAUGAAAUCCUCAAUUCCCCCGACCGCGCAUGCAGGUUGGCGAAGGCGGCGUUUGACGAUGCCAUUGCAGAACUGGACACGCUGAGCGAGGAGAGCUACAAGGACUCCACACUCAUCAUGCAGUUGCUACGCGACAACCUGACACUAUGGACUUCAGAUAUGCAGGGAGACGGUGAAGAACAGAAUAAAGAAGCGCUGCAAGAUGUGGAGGAUGAGACCCAGUGAGACUUCACGGCCAAUACGAGACACCCCUCCCUACCCCUCCCCUCUCCGCCUGCUAGCCCCAGUUCCAACUAUGGUGUCAGUGAGAGCUCCCAAACUCGGCUGUUACGCCGAUGCCAACUCGCUCUUUUACCCCUUUUCUUGUUCACUAUCACUCUCUAUCUGUCUGUCAGUUCUUCUGGUUUUUUCUUUUAUAAAAAAAUAAAGAUUAAAAAUCGCCCAUUUCAUUGGAAAUAAUAACUUCCGCAUUUAAACACAAGAGAAAAUAUACAAGCUAAAGCUUCGAGCUGUUCCUGGGUGUUACUUUUUUUAUAUAUAUAUAUAUAUAUAUAUAUAUAUAUAUAUAAAAAAGUAUCUCCUGUUGCAAGCCUGGCCAUGUAAGGGUCAUGUCAUUUAUCUUCACGUUUUUUUUGUUUUCAUUUUUGCUGUGUCAUCAGUUGCCAAGUAUGCUUGCCUGCGGUCGUCAACGUUCACGCGCUCCCUGACUUGAUUUUUAAAACACAAACGUUUGCUGUAACUCUCUUUUUCUAGAACUGAUUGAUGUCUUCGUGCUACUUUACUCUAGUCGUCUAAGCCUUUGGUCGCAAAUUAGGGAUGGUGGUGGCUUUUGACUGUUUUUAAAAGGGACUUAAAGCUUUUUAGAAGGAACGGAGUGCCCUUUGUGUUUCUCCUCUCUCUUUGCCAGACACUUAUCAAUGACGAUAACAGAACUUCCCCCGGGCAUCUCUUUCUUUGCGAUCACCACUCAGGUCCGAGGCAUGGACCACGCAUUGUUCUGCAGUCUGUAGCGCUGCUUUUGUACUGGUUGCUGACGUAUAGAGACGAUGGCUUGUAGCAGUGUAAAAAAAGAAACAAGGAGCGCGAAGUUUCUCCAUCUCUCUUAUGUGAGGUAAAGCAGGUUUGCAUUGGCACCGUAAAAAAAACUUUGUUUAAAAAAAGAAACCUGCUUAUGUUAUCUUGUAUUGCCCCUCUGUUCCAGAAUGUUCUCUUUCUCCCUCUGUCCUGCCCCCUUAUUUUCUCUUCUGUUCAGUAUGUGUAGCUUGAAUCUGAUUUGUACUACUGGAUAUUCUGACUGGACCCACACGCCCCGUCUGUCUUCUUACUGAAACACAGCAUGGAAAUUAACAUUUAAAGUUCAAAUAAAAAAAAAGAAACUUACAUUAAAA